CCGUAGCUGCGGACAGUAUCAGCCAACCAGUCAGUCGGUAGAUGCCUUCUCUUUGCCUGAAAGCCUAUUAACAGAAGACAGAGACUCCGAAAGAGGGAAAUAGAAUUUCGCAAGUACAACUGUAGCGGAUAGUAAUAAUAACCAUAAUAGUAGAGAAUCGGUAAAGAAAGAGGUUCCUCUCUUUAGCCAGCGAAGAAGGCACAGCAGGUUCUGCGAUGCGAGCUCCGUUUGGGUUAGGUCCGUGAGGGGCUUGUCGUUCACGUUUAGAAAUCGAUGGCAGUAACCAUUUGAGUGUAACCAUAACAAGUUCUUGUCGAAUGUGCGCGUCAAUUCAAGAGUAUAAGCCGAUUCGCGCAGCAGUGGUUCGUGUGUUUUUAUUUCUAAAGAAGAAUCAUUCUGCACUGGUGUUACAGCGUUUUGUGAUCGAGUCAGAAAGGACGGCGGCCAUCUGUGUGAACACGUACGUUCAUUAGACAGAAGGACUUCGCAGACUAGACAGAAGGAAAUACUUGACAGUAGCAGUAGUAGUGUUGGAACGAGGUCUGUCUGCGUUUACCUGCUGCCUAGAACCUGCCGCAGGCUAAGGAACAGAAAGUGUCGGGCCAACGAACAGGACUUACAAUUUGCUGUGCUUGCUAGCAUCUUCGUUGGUGGACUGUAGUCGACCAUAUGGUUUCGCUCGUGGGGGACGAAAACUGCGUUCUACGCUAUCGUUUGUAACAACGGAAGCCGUUGUUGUAGCCACGAUGCUACAGAGUGCUAUAGUACGAUGAUCGGCGCCAUCGCGACCGUUGCGCGGCAAACCACUUCGCACGUCAACGAUCGGCGACAGUACAACCCGAAAUAGAGAAAGAAAGAGGACAGCAAAAGUCUGUUGGUGCAGAUUCAUGCUCUGUCCAGCGUUCUGUUGCUAUUGCGGCAGCAGCGGCCACUGUCAAUAUAUAAGUAAUGCCAUUUCAAUCGCCGCAGCUGUCAUAAGCAACAGUACAAUCGGCAGCAACUCUACUUAGCAUCACACUUCCAGUGCCACAGCGCGGGAGUUAAGGUAACUGCAGCGGCGAGAGCACGUUGCUUUCGACUCCGUCACGGCUGGUGGUAUGACACGAAACUGCGUAGCCGGAGCAACUGUGGACGGACGGACGCUGCCAGUAGUAGUCAGCGAGUAGUCAAGUGUAGUGUGGCGUGGCGGCACAAAACACACAUAGACAAUAAAGGCCGACAGACAAACAGCCAGGUAGUUAUACUGGCAGAUAAAAACGACGCGCACUUACACAAACAGUCACUGUGACGCUGGACUAACAGCAGCAGUAGUAAGUGGAGUUAACGCCGAACGGAAAUGUCCUGCAUAGACGACGUCCUGCAACAGUUCGGGAAUAAACUAAGAGUGUUUCCGUGAAGCCAAUUUGGUGCUAUCAGACAUAACAAGUUUUACUGUUUUAAUGCAGUCGUGAACGUGACGUUGUAUUUACUACCUUGUUCAAAUGCUUGUCCCGUUGAAAAGAGUUCAAGGAAAGGUGUAACUUACUAUCUAAAAGGAUAUAUCUACGUUACAACGGUGUUGGUGUUUAGUAAGGCCUGUUGUGAUACAGAGGAGCACAAUCGAGCAAGCGGAGGAUUGUAUUAGUGAAGAAAGCACCAGUUGCGUGCAAGGUCAAGGCUGUCGUGCAGCACGCCACCCCUGUCUUCAUUGUUGGUGGGGCGUUAUAGGUGCUUGAUGUAGGUGCACGAGCCCGGCUUGAGUUAGCGUGUAAUUUGUGCUCUACACUUGGACAAAAACGUCGUCGAUUCUACGUCGAGAACGGUCAUGGAUGGCCUUUUGUUGUAGGCCUUCUAAUACUCUAACGUGACGAAAGCAGCACCAGCAACACGGCAACAACUCUGCUCCAUAAUGUCAUCGGCAAGAGAGAAUUCGCGGAGUAUUCCACGACCCUCGCGGAUGCUCGCACAAGGAGGAGCGCGUCCCAAAACCUCUAUUGCGGCAUUUUUGCCGUCCAGGGGAGCAUCUUCGAGUGGCUGCGGUAGCGGAGAGAGUGGUCCCUCAUCCCUCGGCUCAGAUGUCGGAGUUGGAGAGGGCGACGGCUCCGAAUUGGUACUCGGAGGGCGAGUUCUUGUCGACGGGAACUUGGUCGGAGUGCUCAGAUAUCUUGGCCUUAUCCCAGGGACAGCGGGCACGUGGUGCGGUGUCGAGCUCGACAAUCCAAGCGGUAAAAAUGACGGUGAGAAAAAUGGACGACGCUAUUUCCGGUGCGCACCAAAUCACGGCAUGUUCGUGCCUCUAGCCAAGGUAACGUCCCUGUCCCCUAGUUCGCCAGUAAGUGGUCGCGGUGCGUUCGGAGCUUCAUCAUUAAGACCUCCCCCUUCCUCACUUAGUUCGUCAAUGUCGUCAUCGAUGAUGUCCUCCAGCGCUUCGUCUGGUUACGGAGGAUCUGCAUUGCCCAGCCAGGGUACAAUGACAAACCAAAGGAGCUAUAGUAAAGAAUUACGAAUUGAAGACUACCUCGAGUCCAAGUCAAAGGCCAAGGAAAGUAAAAAGGGCUCGCUACAGAAAUUCAACGAACACGCGAGUCCGAAGACGUUGCAGAGAUCCCUCGUGCUGCGAAACCAAUUCCGGGAUGAGCCGUGUCCCUCCGAAGAGGAAGAGGAAGAGGAUUAUGUCGGUGUGGUUCCGGUCGUCGAACCUCUGAUCAGCCUCAAAGACAGAAAACAGAUCACUGCUUCGCUCUCGUUCGGGCUACAAAAACUUGUGCAACGACAGGCACCGGUGCGAUCGAAAAGUGAAGACAACUGUACGGUAAAGGAGAAUGCUAUGUCGAUGCCUCAUCGAAUUGUUUCUCUUGAAGAUGCCGAGGUAGCACAGGUGACUGCGGCAGCAGGGACGAGUGGAACUGCGUCGUCAAACAACGAUAGUUCUCUUUCCCCGAUCCCCGAAAAAGAUGAUGAUCCGACAACUACGACAACACAGGAAAAAACCUCCAACCUUCUUGAACCCGGCCCCGCUAGUCAGGACGCCUCGCUAUCCCCUAUUCAAGAGUUACAAGACGAAAACGAGGAGGGAACGUCCACCUGCGGCGGACUGCGUACCAGCGAAAUGAAGGAUACCCGACUGAUAUCCAAUUCCUAUUCGGCCGAUGACGUGGCCGAACUUCCUGAAGAGGAGUCGGGCGACAAAAUCUCACGCGGCUCGAACGCUGCCGAGGUCCGAAUAUCUCAGGUUAGCGUUGAAAUGCCAGAAAUUGUUGGGGAUGUCGAUCCUGAUUGCGAAGAAGGACCACUUGUACCCGAGGAGAUCCGAAUUUCGGAUAACGUUUUUGAUAUUAUCAUGAGCUCGCUUCGGGAGAAUUUUCUUCACGACGUACCCAGUUCUGAAGAUCCCAGUUCGGCUUCACUCGAAAGGGAUAACAAAAUGGGACAGACUGGGCAGGCGGGAAAUAGACCAUAUUCUGCUGACACCGGGUUUCAGGGGGACUGUGAUAUAGGCUGUGAUCUAGGUGGAGGCGCCAGUAGUUCGACUGGCGACGCAGUCAUGAAACAAUCGGUCUGUUCCCAGGAUAGCGGAGUUGUGUGUGAUACUACAGGACCUUCUUCGCUACAAAGCAGGUCGGCUUCGUUACAACCAUCGGAAGUUUUAGUUGUUGAACCCGAUGACGACAGGGUUGGACAACCCCACGGAAGCUCAGGCCCGGUCGAUCCUAACGCUACGGACGCUAAUGUAGACGGUGGCCCCUGUGCGGACGAUUGUGAUCUCUCGGAAGCCGCAGGAUGUCUGUCGACAAGCGAGGCUACCGAGACAGCCACAGGCGAUGACGAAUCAGCAGCUGAACGACGCACGCACGUUCGACCAUUGGCCAGUGCCCCGGAACACGCAGCAACUGCUGCGUGCUCAGCCGGCACCUUAUCGCCCGCGAUUUAUUCCCGAAGCGCAAAAGGAGCUGCAACUCCAUUGCGGAAACCGAACGUCAAUGUUGGAAGCAAGAUUAAAGCAAUGCUCCAGGAAAAUAAGGAUAGCACACCAGUGGAACGAAAAGCCCGGCCACAAAGAAAAAAUAAGUGGGACGAAGUGGAAAAGAAGAUCCAGCAAAAUCUUCAGGAAAAAAAAAAGGCUAAAACCGAGGUGAAGAGUCGGAUCAAUUCGAAUCUAGCUGCCGCGCGGGCUGAGGCACGCCGAUCUCCACGUGGUUCCGUGUGUGGCCCAAGUGGACGAACCGCAGAACCAUCGUUAUGUGGGGAGCCGCUUGGUACGAUUCCGGGAGGCAGUAGGGAUCCCAACAACCAGGACGACGCUGAUGUCGGGGGACCCAGCAGGCCGGAAUCACGAGCUUCACGAGUUGUGCCGUUGCCUAUCAAACCCGGUCCACCGAAACGCGAUUACAGUCGACCUUGGGCUGACCCUCCUCCAAAAAUGGCAGAAAAGAGUUCUCCUACAUUGGCCUCGGCUCCCUGCAAGGGAAGCUCCGUGGCAAGACAGAGAUUAUCGCUCAAACUCGGUCCCCCUGGCACCCCCAAAAGCUCACAAGGAGAUAUCCGGACACCUGUAGGGAAAGCGGGAACCAGGUCCCGUCUUGGAAAAGACUCUCUGAAUAGUCCUGCAAGGGAGGAGUUCGAUGCAGAGAUUCGGCGGUUGGGUGCUCUGUGUGAGGCCCGAACAAAAGAGCUUAACCGCGUUCGACUCGAGCUGCGGGGCACAGCUUACGCACUCAGUGCUUUAGCAAUCGCCUUCCAGCGUUGGGACCUCAAACUCGAAAGAAUGGAUACAUAUGCUCAUCAGCUGGGCGAAGAUCUAACGCUGUCAGAAGAAGCGCUCAAGGUUGCCAACCAGGAAAUCGAGAGACUCAAGCAGGACGCCCAGGAAGAGGUUGCCGCCAUCCGACGGGAGUUAGAACAAACUCGCGAAGAGCACUCGCUAAAAAAUCAACAGAUGGAAGAGGAAUACGUAACACGAAUGCAGAGGAUAUCGGCUGAGCAACAGGCCCGUAUUGAUCGAAUGAAGGAACAGUUUGCGAAAAUGUCUGCAGACGAAGUUGCUUCGCGAAGCGAGGAAAUGGCCAAAAUACUCGACGGUCACGCACGGGAAUUAGCUGACAACCGGUCAACUUAUGAAAGAGAACUGCGGAAUCGGACUCAGUUGCAUCAUCAGCGAGAAGCUGAUCUGGAAAACGCACUCAAGGAACGUAGUGAGGAAUACGCCCGGGUAAAACGUGAGGCUGAGGAGUUCCAAAGGAGCGUCUUACAAUCAACGGAUUCAAAAAUCGCAUGGUUGCGUGAACGUAAUGAAUCGUUAAUGAAAGAGGUUGACUCACUGAAUGCUGUUCUGGAAAUACGCCGAGAAGAGAUCGACCGACUUCGAAUCUUUGAAAUCGAGCACGGUCAGCUUAAGGAUAAGCUGGCUCGCAGUGAUGACGCCAUCGAAAAGUACAAGGCUCGCAUUGAGGAUCUUUCGGCAAUGAUCGGCCAGAAGUUAGCUGUGCAGGAUCAAUUGGCACAGGAGAAUGCCAAAUUGAAGGAAUUAGCGGAACAUAAAGACCGAAUGAUCAGCACUUUGGGCAGAGACCGCGACGUGCUUCUCUAUCGGCUAAAAGAGAACAAGGAUGCAAACAGUGGACAACAGUCGAACUGUGCCUCCGCGGCAGAUCGCGCCAUGUCCACAUCAUUUAUUGUCGAUGCUAGUUCGGGCCGACCGUCACGCGAGGUACGCAGCGCCUCAAGCCGACAUCGGGGUUCCGUUAAUUACCAGAUGAGGACAAAGGUAGAUACCAACGCUGUGAUGUCGCAGUCGUGGCAUACAGCUACGGGACCUGACCUAGGUCUUCAGGGUCACGGUCCCACCUCCGUGGGAGCUACGAGGGGAGGAAAUACUGCCCAUGGAGCCUUAAAUGGGCGCGACCAUCCACGCAGACCAUCGCGAGCGGCAAGCGCCCAUUCAACCGAAGACGUAAACCGUAACGUCGAGAUGGAUGAUUGCAGAGCGAACGAGAACAACGAUCGGAUGACGACGUCAAUGUACCAUUAGUUUGUUCGGUCCGCAAUCCACAGCAGCUCACGAUCGAACACGACACUUAAUAAACUCAAGCUUUAAUUUCGGCUUUAGAUAAUAUAUCGUUCAUCCAAAGAGCCGUUCACCUAUCAUCGUUCACUGGCGAAGAAACGUUCAAGCACAGUUCUGCAAAACCCUUCAUCAUUUGUUCUAGCUGAAUUCAUGAAUCAUCUGUAUUUAUCAUUGAGUUAACAUUAUUCGAUAAUAUGAUAAAGAUCGGGCUAAACUAUUGCCUUCAUCAGUUGGCGUUGCACGUUCGCAGGGCCUUGCACAUUUGCCUCCUACGCUAGCCAACUGUGUUGACAAAUAAGCACAUCCAAAGUUCGUAAUCGUGAUUAACUGGGAAAAAGCUUUCGACCUCUCAGAACGACCGAACAGAAAGACGACGAGCGACUAACGACCAUAGUGAGCAGCUAUCGUCGCCAAUAACAAACGGAUACAUUGGGCAAAUAAAAGGUUCUAUGGCAGCCUGAAGGAGCCUGUCUGAGAAACAACAAAAAUAAGAGUAUGGAAUAGGCAUAUUUUUUCGUUCGGAGUCAUUCGGGAUGAAUGUGACAGAUUGAACGGUGUGAUCAAUGGAAUGAAGAGGUGAACUCUGCUUAGACCAGUCGAUUGCGUUUAAUGCAACUACAUGUUCCUGCGGUGGCUAGUCUGAUAAAGUCAUACUUUUUAAGUAGCAAUAUCUGGACGGGCCACGGCAUCGUUAAGCGGGAAUAUUCACUCCAAGUUUCUGAAUCACAUAAAACAAAUGACAAGGAAACACACAAUAGAGUGCAUCAAGCUGACAUCAGAUACCAGUACCUUGCAGUUGUACUAUUUAAUCUGUAGUAAUCAUCUCCACACGCCGCACGCGUUGAAACAGAGUUUCAGACAACCUGACCGUUGGUAGGGUGCUUUAUUUAAAUAGUAGCUUUAUAAAGGAGGUGACUUCAGUUCUACAACAUAGAUGAAAGGUGUUAACCACUUAACAUUGGAGAUACAAAGGAAGAACUCGAUGUGUCUGUCCAGAAUAAUUUCACAGGUCGUCUCCUCUCAUAGCUAACCCCUUUCAAAUAUAAUAGAUAUACCUAUGAACAGAAGGCGUUUCGAUUAGUUCUCACUCGCCAUUCAAAGCACGAAAGUAGAGCUAGUAUUCGUCCUAUUCAAAGGCAAUGACCUUCUUUGACGCAGGAAGCGGAAACUGAGGUUUUUGCUUUGCCGUUUACCACACAAAAGCAGUGUCGGCACGACGACAGGUGCUGUCGACGGACCAUGUUCGAAGAACGCAGCGAAUCAUACCUAAGAAAAUAGAAAGUGAACUCAGAUCGAUGCAAUGAAGCUGACUAACCACAAACGGCUGUGGUACGGCUGACGCAUCGUGUGACGAACAUAGGGGAGAAAAACAAAGCCUUCGAAGCUCGGGAUCGAUUGGACGAAAAGGGUUGGUCGCAUCUAGAGCGUGGCAUUCGAAUAGAAGACAUAAUAUGUACAGAGCAGAUAAACAUGUAUUGUCAAAAUUAGGACAUAAGGAGACGCGACACUAAGUAAAAAUAGAGGACAAAUAUAAAAACUCCUCACAAAAGAAUAUGCGAAGGAAAGGAGAGAUACAUGCUAGGGGUGCAGCAAAAUAAACUUAUAUAACAACUCAAUCAUAAUAUCGAAAUUAAAAAAAAUAUAUAGAUGGCCAGCUAUAUGUAGUAUUGAAGAAUAGAAAGGAACCGAUUCGGAGAAAAGAAGACAUGGGCUAAAAAAGAGAGAGCGUAGUAAAUGCCCAAUGAUAUGACACUGACCAACGUAGCUUAUAGAAACCUACCAGCUACCGAUAUCGCCAGUCCGAAGUGCGAUAAGUGUACUCUCGUUGUUGAAAUAGAUAUUUGGUCGAUAUUACAAUAACAAUAAUAAUCGUUAGCAUAACAGAUAAGAUAACAUAAGAAUGAAAAAAAAACGAAGGUGUAUGCAGCAGUUAUGAAAGAAAAUGAUUUACACGAAGACACGAAAAAACAACAUUCAAUUAAAAUUGCUUUUUUUUUUUAAGUUUCUAACAGCAUCCUCACAGUCCCACCUCGACAAGCCUUGAUUGGGCUUAAGUGCUGCCAGAGACCUUUAAGCAGAACUGAAAAAAUCGUUGUAGACGUGAAGAUAAUAGACGUUUGUUUGCUUCGGCUUGACCCAUACUGGCAGUUCGUACCAUAGUUUCGUACUAUAAGGUUGACUGCCGAGGCAAAAUGUAUUUCUUUCUAUUCUAAUCGUCCUUCCACCUCGUCAGAAUAUUAUCUUCUACGUACAGUUUACAGGAUCCAUGUGGGGCGUCGGUCCGAUUCAAUGGAAACGCAAUGUUUUCCAGUCUUUACGGAUAACGCAAGGGUGUUAUCUCCGACACGCGCUACGGGAACUCAAGUAUAGAGUAUCCGGCAGAUUUUGAUAAUGUCCUGCUUCGCUCUUCUGCACGAAACACAAAUAGUAGUAUAUUGAUUCCGCAAUGAUCUUCUCUAUUUCCCACUGACGUCACUUGCUCUGUUCUGUAACUGAGGAAACAGAAAAUGCUUUGUUGUACCGGAUAUCGGUUUUAGGACCUUGGGAUUCCCUUCCUCGAUUGGUAAGGAGUCGAGAAGGUUUGAGUCAGCUGAUUAGUUCUGUUGCCAUCGACAGUAAUACUGUAAUCGUUUUUUAUGCGAAGUUUUUUUAAGCUUGAUGGUCGAUUUUUCUGAUACGAUACAAACUACUCCUACUACUAGCUAACCCCUCCCUGUCUUAAUGGGCUGGCAUUCAACGUCUGAGAAUUUCUAGGUCGACAUCAUAGGGCUAAUACAUGAAGUAAUUACGUUUCAAUACGUUUGAAGUAACGAGUAGGUGCAGGAAAUAGGUGUACGGAUAAUACACGAGAAAAGAUCAGCUAUAAUGUCACAGUCAGAGUUACUCAUAGCAGUGGCGAGAUAAUGAGAUAUGUGCUCAAAAUUAUCGCAGUCAAAAAUGAUUGAGCUAUCCAUUAAACAUGGGCAAGGUCAUGCCAGCUAAUUUCGACCCGAGUUCCGACCUGGUGGAACAUCACGUCUUCGCAGGUGACCGUUUGCAGUGUAGUGUACGAUGAGGUUGUCAAUAAGAUCUAUUAUAAGGCUGUAUACUAGCAAAUCAGACCAUAUCUAGCUAACAUCAACAACAGUUAUCGUUAUUAUAGCAUAUCAUGACGGUAGGCAUUGUAACCAGCCCGCGUGUAUUCUGCCAUAUCAUUAACUCAAGCAGAUUUUCGCUAACACCCGUUCAUGACAUGCGCUACUCCAUGGACAACAGCUGUUUGCUCGCUUGUUUACUCCUUACGUGGAUUAGAAGUCCGUAAACCAACGAAAUUUGCGUCCUCACCCGCCCCGCAUCGUUACCCCCACCUCACGCCCACCUAAAUUCUCUGACAAAGUGCAUCGUUACUUAGAUAUCCGCAUCCUCUAGAACAAGGAGAGAAACAGACAAGGCGGCGGGAUUUGCAUGUACCUAUUCACCAAUGUUCAUUCAUUGUUAUGAAUCAUAGUCAUUGCAUUCUCGCUGGAUUAACUACCGCGGACCUCCACCAGGCGCUAACCCAACGAGUUAGCGUUCAUGUGAGCAGCUUCGCCGGCUCUUUCAAUUAACCAUUGUCGUCAUUUGUAGCAAUAGCAACCGAUAAAAUCCUAAAAAUAUGUAGCUCGAUAUUGUUUGUUCCGACCCCACCGAUUGCACUGACCAGAGCCUUCCACCGCCCAUCUCAAGCCUUUUGUGUCCGGCUUGUUUCUUUGCUUACGAAAACAGCAGCAACAAAUAGUCAACGCCAACAUCUAAAUGACAGCCAACUAUGGCCUUAGAUUACUAAACGUAUAUAUAUAUACAUAUAUAUAUAUAUAUACGUAUAUAUCGUAGUCUGGUAUCUGUUAUCAUGUCAAGUGAGAGAUGUGUGUGUACAGGCUCGUUUGAAUAAAUUUAUUUUUUAUGAAUGCAAAACCUUCCUCGCUAAACAUACAUUUUUUCGCUACCUAACACUGCUAUGUCUAUGAUUUGAUAUCUCUCCGAGCAAAUAAAUUCCUCGAAAAAAAUCUCUUGUAUGCAGCGUACGUAAGGUGAGCUGUGAUUCGCGCAAAGUGGAGUUGCAAAUAUGAAAAGGAUAAACAAACAAUAAUAUAAAAAGCACACAGAGCAAAUAUCGGCCUGCCUGAUACCAAACGGGCACACCAUUCACACUUUACCCUAUUGAUAAAAAAAAAACAGCACAGGCUAUUAUCAUAGUUUUUUUCUUUUUAUUUCCUCGUGUGCUCCCGCUGUACAGACAGGCUGGCGUGGCCGUCCCACGAUCGUGAAUGCCUCAAGGCCCUUGUUAAUUUCUGACACCCUGUUAUGAUAACAAUUGAUCAGCAAACAAGCCGGAAACGUAUCGAAUGAGAUACACUCAGUGAAUUAAGAUAGUAGCUUUUUAUUGGAAAAACGUGCAAAAGAAGAUGAAAGGCCUCGAUCUCGUUCUGUAGGGUCCUUUUCUACGGGCGACUGAGACCUCAAGCCAUAAAUUGAAUAAUGACCUAUCGUGCGUCGCUAGGACAUUGUAGCUAGAAACUGUAGAGUGGAAAUACGUUCGGAUGAUUCGAAACGAGACUAAUGCAACAACUUGAACUAAAACAAAUAAUAAAUAUUAUAAACAAAUUACAGU